GUCAAGGGACGGAAGAACUGAAAAUUCUCAAUUAUUCGUUUACUAGCCGCAGCGUCGUCACCUAGGAUGUAAAGUUAGAAUACGAUAGCUGCGCAGAGAAGAACACAGAUGGCAGGAAAGGCUUUACACCUACGCUGCAAGUCGAGAAAUGGACAGCAAAUGCUAAGUGGCAUCACUGCAGCAACUACUGUUGCUCAGUUGAAGCAAAAGCUUGCAGAGCUGUCGCGUAUACAAGUAGGUGCAUUAAAAGUUCUCCAUGGAUAUCCACCUAUACGAAUGGACCUGUCCAUCAGUCUAGCGACAGUGUCGACCCUUGGUUUAUCCUCUGGUGACACUCUGAUCGUGGAAGAGGAUAGUAGCGUGUUAGCAACUGGUGAGGCACUGUCGUCGGAGGCUAUCGCCGUCGCGAAGUCGUCGACUGCCGACCGCAAGGUGAGCGCACAGCUCCAGCAGAACGCCGGCCUGCUGAUGCGCAAGGUGGUUCCCUCGGACAACUCCUGCCUCUUCACGAGCGUCAACUACGUGCUGACGGGCGCUCUCGACGUCUCCUGCAGCCGCGACAUGCGCAAGCUGAUCGCCGACGUCGUUACCGCCGACGCCGACACCUACAACGACGCGUUCCUCGAGAAGUCGAACAAGGAGUACGCCGAGUGGAUCGCGCACGAGGACGCGUGGGGAGGCGCCAUCGAGCUGUCGAUCCUCGCGAAGCAUCACGGGGUCGAGAUGGCUGUGCUGGACGCGCAGACGGGCCGCAUCGAUCGCUACGGUGAGGACGCGCACUAUCCGACGCGCGUGCUGCUGAUAUACGACGGGCUGCACUACGACCCGCUCGUCAUGGAGCGCGCGAGCGAGCAGACGACGGUGUUCGCCAUCGGAGACGACUACGUGUGGCAGCAGGCGCUGCAGCUGGGCGUCGAGGCGCGCUCGAGCCGGCAGUACACGGACGUGAAGCGCUUUGCGCUGCGAUGCAUGGUGUGCGACGUGGCGCUGACGGGACAGACCGAGGCGCAGGAACACGCGCUCGCGUCCGGACACACCAACUUCGGCGAGGUGUGACGCAGCGCGGAACUACUCUCGAGCGAAGAACUAGUCUGGAUUCGAAGAACUAUUCUUGAUGUCCCUCGCGCGCGCGCGCGUGUAAAGUGAUGUACAGAGCGUGCUGUCGUGCGCCUUGCCCCCGGAAUCCUUUGGAGUGUUCUAAACGCGUGCUGUUCUGUCGCCCGUGUCUGCAGAUUCGCGCAAUCUUACGACGAAUACCUCGUAUAUGGAGAACAUUUACUGCUAGUAAAGCGGCGAUUCCUGAGCGGAAUGCUUUGCCCUUUUUGAAACACCUACCGAUUUCAACCAAAGAACUCGACUGUGAGCAGGAAUCCUCAAUUGGCUGUAAUUCUUGUGACACACGCGUUUGCGCAAAACUAUAGUUAUUUAAUACUGUUAAGCUCCAGUGAUUCAGGAGCUCGUAAAACCAACAAUGCCAAAUAACUGCAGCUUAGAUGUCUGUGCAGAAUCUCUCUAGGAACUACAGUUUUCCUGAUAGCAAAAUGUGAUCGAGUAACUAUAAAAUUAUAUCGGCCGUGUCUAGUAAAUUCUGACACAUUCUUGGAAAAACGGAAGGUUCACAUUUUCAUGAGUGUGUGUAGUUCUUCUUAGAUCUGUUCGAUUAAAGACAAUGUCACAGAUGUAAACAUAAAGUAAUGUUACGUUGAGGGUUAGCUGUAACAUGUGAUAGAAGUGGCAUUACUUAUGAAGUUGAAUUUUCUGCCUACUUGUUUUACUUUUAGUUUCAAAUUGUAUAUAUAUAACUGCAUUACUGUACACAUUCUGUGACAGUCUUGCAUCUGUAUUAAACAGUGAAUGGAUGCAGGGUGGGGGGAUAUGCUUUUCACAUGUAUCUUAUGCGUGUGUAUCACAUGGAAACAUCUUCCAAUAGUGUAGAACAGAGUUGUACGUAUGCACAAAUACAUCAAACGUUAAGAAAGUUAAGUGUAUGCCUCGGUGGAUGAAUAGUUGCUUAAAUCUCAUUUCUUGUGGAGUUAUGUGUAAAGAGUGUAGUGUGUAUGGAAUACUAAGUUACACUGCCACAAUAGUGUCCCUAGUGGUGUCAAUCUAUGUGUAUAUUGUCAUAAUUGUGUGUUGUUGGUCCGAACUGGUGAGAUGCUGUGAAUAAAUAAGGAGAUAUUAUUGAA